CCCGGGUGCACCGCCGGCCGGAAGCCGCCCGGUCCUGUUAGGUGUCCGUUCGGGAACGGCGAGCUGCCGCGCGGAAGUUCCGGCCUCAGGGAGUUCCCGCGCCGUUGCCAUGGCGACGGCAUCCGCUCCUGCGCUGCGGCGCGGAGGAAGCGCGGGGGCGAAGGAGGAGGCUUAUUCCAGGAAAAUGGAAUCAAAAGAGGAGAUAGUGGACUCGGCAAACAAAAGUGAGCAUGAGAACUUGGGGCCUCAAGAGGAACCAGCACCUUUCAAUCCUCUCCUGAGAGCUUGUCUAACUGGUGACACAGAGGGCGUACAACAGAUUUUUGAGGACCUGGAAGAUCCUGAUCAUGAAAAAGCCAAUCGGCUUUUAAUGGAAAAGGAUAUUGUGGGCAGAGGCCUGCUGUAUGCAACCUGUAUGGCUGGGCAGAGCGACGUUAUCCGGACACUGGCAAGAUAUGGGGUUGAUCUGAAGGAUAAGACGGCCCGAGGUUAUACACUCCUCCACUGUGCUGCAGCCUGGGGCCAACUAGAGACUUUGAAAACUCUUAUAGAACUGGAAGCUGACAUUUAUGCAACCACCUCCCGGGGUGAAAAGGCUAGAGAUAUUGCCUGCCGAUAUGAGCAGACAGAAUGUGUUGCAUUCUUGGAUUGGGCAGAAGCCAAGCAGAAUUUACGGAACUUGAUCCUCCAAAUCCAGACAACAAUCACUGAUCCUGAGAAAGUUCAGGGAAGGCUUAAUAAAGAAGAUAAGAAUAUUUCUCUGAAGGCCUGUCAAGCCAAGUCAGAUUGGCUUGAAAACACAAAAGAGGCUACUAUGCAAGAUUUUCUGGAGCAGAAACAGUUGCUGGAGGACAUUAUGCUUCCCAUCUUCACAAAGUUGGCUACGCCCCGUGUGCAAGACUCCGUCAACAAAAAAAUGGGGACUCCUUUAGCAGAACAUUAAAAAGUUUUUCAGUCAACACAGAUGGCAUCUUGAUGUUCAACUGAAGUCUCAACACAAAUGCUACAAUGUCUUCUGAAGACAGGAAACCUUUUUUCAUAAAAUGUGACAUAACUUUUAUUUUUCUCCUUAUAUCCUAUUAUUCAACCACCAGAUGUCCAUACUCUCUAGAGAAACACUUGCUUUUUGUUUUAAUAGGACCAACUAGUCACAAAUAAGCUUUCAAAUACUUCCUCACUACUUUGGCUUUUAAGUUGAACCUAAUAAAGGAGUCAUGAUACUGCUACGAUUUCUUUUUAACAGACCAGAAUUAGUUUUCACCUUUGACAACUAGUGAAAUGGCACACUUCCAUUUUAAAUAUAACUGCAAUAUUCAAUUUGUUAUUAUUGCCCUGGAUCCAAAACAAAAUAGAACAGUUCCAUAUAUUUCUAAUAAAAUAUAUUCUCAAGUUUAUACAAUCUUA